UCUACUGUCCAUUGAUUCCAUGGUUUUAGCUCCCAGUAGGCAAUCUGUCCAUUUUAAAAGUUUCUGGGGACCCUCUGAGUUUUGCCAGGUCUAUCUUUUAUUGUCAUUAAUUGACCAUAACUCUCUAAUCUCUCCUCUCUCUCUCUCGCUCUCUCAUUUCUAUAUUGACCACCAAUUCAUAUAUCAUCUUCAGUGUUUACUCCAAUACAAAGGGAAACCAAAGCAUGGCAAACAUUAGACUUUGCAACUUGCUUUUGCUUCUCUUCUUCUUCAUCCUUGCUGCAUAUGUUUCUCAAGGAUCCAGAACUCAUGAAGUACUACUACUUCCCAAUAAUCCAAGAACCUCUCUCUCUCAAGAAUCACAUACGCAGGUUGGGCAGAAUUCCAGGAAUUCAAGGAGAUUGAUGAUAGGAUCCACAGCUCCUACUUGCACUUACAAUGAAUGCAGAGGCUGCAAAUACAAGUGUAGGGCUGAGCAAGUUCCUGUUGAAGGAAAUGACCCAAUCAAUAGUCCAUACCACUACAAAUGUGUUUGUCAUAGGUGAUGGAUUGAUGGAUAUAUAUAUAUAUUUAUUUAUAUAUAAAAAUAUUUAUUAUAAUUAUUGUGGUUUUGGAGUCUAGAAAAAUUUGUUCUCUUUGUCUUGAGCAUCUGAGGGAAAUAUAUAUGAGAGUGUAGCAUUCAUUGGAAUGGAUGCUUGAAUUUUUGCAUAAAAUAAUUUCCCAUGUACUUCUCAUUCUUCUGUUCUUGCUGAUAUAUUGAUGAGUUGCCUAUUUUUUGAAUGAAAUUACCAUUCCAUAUAAAA